AUGGAGGAUCCAAAUAAUUUACAUCCAGAAGAAAUUCCUGGAGUGAGAGAAGCACUGGAAAAGAAUGACAUCGCUGCAGUAGCUGCAAGGAUUCACGAAUAUUUAGAAAGAGAAGACAAUGUUCCACUAAAUAUCGUCAUCACAGGGGAAGCUGGUUCUGGUAAAUCCGCCUUUGUUAACGCCCUCAGAGAGAUGUCCGAUGAUGAUGAGGGAGCUGCUCCUACUGGUGUUACAGAAACCACCUCAGAGGUCACAGAGUACCCCCAUCCAAACUAUCCCAAUGUUACUUUAUCGGAUCUCCCUGGAAUCGGCACCACCAACUUUCCAGCUGAUAAGUACCUGGAGCUUGUUGGAUUUGAGAAGUUUGACUUCUUCAUCAUCAUCUCAGACACUCGCUUCAGAGAAAAUGACGUGAAACUGGCUCAGGAGAUUCAGAAGAUGAAGAAAAAGUUCUACUUUGUUCGCUCAAAGAUCGACCGCGAUAUACAAGCUGAGAGAAGAAAGAGAGACUUCAGUGAAGAGAGAACUCUUACAAAGAUCAGAGACGACUGCGUUCAGAGACUCAGAGAAUCAGGCUUCGAGUCUCCGCAGGUGUUCCUGGUGUCCAGCUUUGAUCUCCACCUCUACGACUUCAAUCUCUUACAUGAGACCUUAGAGAGAGACCUUCCUGCACACAAAAGACAUGCUCUGCUGUGUGCCAUGCCCAACAUCAGCCUGGAGAUCAUCAACAAGAAGAAACAAACUUUCAAGCGCCGAUUAUAUUGGUUGUCCACUCAGUCUGCAGCUGUAGCUGCUAUUCCAGUUCCUGCUCUUUCUAUUGCUGUUGAUUUUGCUUUGUUGGUUGUUGAGGUCACACAUUAUGUUUUUGCGUUUGGUCUCAAUGUCCCGUGUCUGAAGAGACUUUCUGCCAGAACAGGUGUGUCCUACGCUGCUCUGUGUGCUGUCAUCAUUUCACCACUGGCUGCAGCAGAAAUAACUACAGAGCUCCUCCAGAAGGUCAUGACUCAAGUGGGACGCACAGCUGUAUUAAUUGCAGUAGAGGAAGCAUCCAGAUUUAUUCCUUUUAUUGGAAUCCCAUUAGCAAUGGGCUUCUCUUUCACCACAACCUACAAAAUUCUGAAUUUGAUCCUUGAAGAGCUCGCUGAAGAUGCUCAGAAGGUGUUUGAAAGAGCUUUUAGUCUGAACACAUCAGUGUGA